GAUACAGCGGCGGAGCAGGGCAGAGCUGGCGCAGCCCCGCACACGGUGUCUGCCGGCUGUGGAGGCAGCGAGAGAGCGGCGAGCGGCGAGCAGCAGGUUUCUGGCAUAAUCUAGGAGUCUUCAAAUAGCAUCCAACAUGGAAUCUGACUGUUUAAGAUCAUGGGCAAUUCAUCUUGUCCUUGUACUGAGCACAUCUGUUACAUGUUUGAAAGAAGUCACAGCACUGAGUGAUUUAACUACAGAUCCAUUUCAGUUUUGCCACCCAGUGAAACAAGGGAUGCUUAAUGUUCACCUGGUACCACAUUCCCAUGACGAUGUUGGAUGGCUCAAAACAGUGGACCAGUACUAUUAUGGAAGCAAGCAAGAAAUACAAAAAGCUGGAGUACAGUACAUAUUGGAUUCAGUUACUGAUGAACUUUUGAUCAAUCCUGAUAGAAGAUUUGUUCAAGUGGAGACAUACUACUUGUGGCGAUGGUUCAGAGAACAGAAAGCAAAGAAACAACAACAAGUGAAAGAACUUGUUAGAUCUGGGAGACUGGCAAUAGCUAAUGGAGGAAUCACAAGCAGUGAUGAAGCCACUACUUACUAUCAGUGCCUUAUAGAUCAACUGACAUGGGGAUUCAGGAGGAUUCAUGACAUGUUUGGUGCUGAACCAUUACCACUUGCUGCAUGGAAAAUUGAUUCAUUUGGACAUUCCCGUGAGAUGAGUUCCAUCUUGGCACAAAUGGGAUUCAAUGGAGUAUUUUUUGCUCGUAUUGAUUAUCAAGACAAAUACAACCGCCUACAAGACAAAACUGCAGAACUGGUUUGGCAAACCAGUGCCAGUCUAGGAACUUCUUCACACCUAUUCACAAGCAUCUUCAAUAACCACUACAGUGCUCCAUCAGGAUUCUGCUUUGAUAUUCUUUGUAAUGAUGAGCCAGUCAAUGAUGAUCCUAACAGUAGAGGCUACAAUGUUGAUGAAAAAGUUAACAACUUCAUAAAUUUUGCUAGAAAUGUAGCAAAAUUUUAUGUCACCAAUAACAUUAUUGUUCCAAUGGGGGACGACUUUCACUACCAAGAUGCACAUGUGAAUUUUAAAAAUAUGGACAAACUUAUAUGGUAUGUCAAUGAAAGACAACAGCAGAAAGGAAGCAUGAUCAAUGUACUAUACUCGACACCAUCAUGUUAUCUAAAAGCAGUAAAUGAAGCUAAUGUUACUUGGCCAUUAAAAUAUGAUGAUUUCUUUCCUUAUGGUUCAGAUUAUCACUCGUACUGGACUGGUUUCUACACUUCACGACCGAACCUCAAAUAUUUUGAGAGAUUAGGAAACAACUAUCUGCAGGUAUGUAAGCAACUCUUUGUACUGGCUGUACUGAACACCGAAGAUCUGAAAUAUUUAGAUGCACUAAGAGAUGCUUUAGGCAUAAUGCAGCAUCAUGAUGCGAUCACAGGCACUGAGAAGCAAAACGUUGCUGAUGAUUAUGCACUCAUUUUACAUAAAGCUAUUACAGGAUGUGAAAAAAUAACAAACAAUGCUCUCAGGAAACUAAUGCACAAAAAUAAGGAUGAAAGUAGCCACCAACCAGAGAUUUUUGAGUCAUGUCUUCUCCUGAAUAUCAGUGACUGUGCCAUCUCUGAGAAAUCACAAGUUUUUACUGUGACUGUUUAUAAUCCACUUAGCUAUGUCAUAUCCCACUACGUCAGACUUCCAGUGACAGGUGUAUCUUACUCUGUCAGAGAUCCUGCAGGUACACAACUGCCAGUUCAGCUUGUACCAAUUCCAUCACAACUUUUCAAUUUGCCAGGACGAAAGAGUAAAGCUACAGUGGAGAUGGUUUUCAAAGCUGAAGAUGUUCCUCCUCUAGGAUACAAAUCAUACUAUGUUGAAGAGUUGCCUCACAGAGUGCGUGGGAAAUCAGAUCUAGCAGAUGAUGGAAUGGACUCCACAAUUGGAAACAAGAACUUUCAAAUAAUAUUUGACGAAUUAACUGGUCUGAUUGAAGCAGUGAAAAAGAAUGGAACACUCAUCCCCCUCAGGCAAAAUUUUCUCUUUUACAAUAGUGCAAGUGGGGGAAGCACAUUUUCUGGGAACCGUGCCUCUGGAGCUUACAUAUUCAGACCCAAUGAACAAUAUGCAACUCCAGUUACAGAACCUACAAUCAUGGGAAUGAACAUAUAUAAAGGAGAAAUUGUAGAUGAAAUUCAUCAGAUAUUCACAGAUUGGAUAAGCCAAGUUGUUAGGGUUUAUAAAGAUGAUAACCAUUUUGAAUUAGAGUGGUUAGCUGGACCAAUUCCCGUCAAUGGUGGAUCUGGGAAGGAAGUUAUAAGCAGGUUCUCUACUAAUUUUGAAAACAACGGGACAUUCUACACGGACAGCAAUGGCAGGGAGAUGAUAAAACGAAUAAGAAACUAUCGUCCAACUUGGGAUGUGAAAGUAAAGGAACCUAUUUCUGCAAAUUAUUACCCUGUCACAACUAAAAUUGUAAUCAAUGACAAUAAAACAAAACAACAUCUAGCAGUAUUCACAGACAGAUCUCAAGGUGGAACCAGUCACAGAGAUGGACAAUUAGAGUUAAUGAUUCAUCGUCGUACAUUACAUGAUGAUGGCCUUGGAGUGGGUGAAGCCUUGAAUGAACAACAAUAUGGGAAAGGCCUUAUAGCUAGGGGGAAGCAUUAUGUGGUCUUAGCAGUCGGUAACAAACCUGGGAAGACUGCACUGGAGAAAGAUAUAGCACAGAGGAGGGGAAUGUCGCCACUGGUGUUUCUAGCAAAGACCAGUUACAGUUCCUUUGAAAAAUGGGCACAGAAACAUAAGACAGAAUUUUCAGGAGUGAAGCAGCCAUUGCCAAGAAAUAUAAAGAUAUUGACACUGGAGCCAUGGAGCAAUAACACAAUACUCUUACGACUAGAACAUCUUUUUGAAAAGGGUGAAGAUGACCAUUUGUCCAAAAGUGUUACUAUAGAUCUCCGUAAACUGUUUGUGAAUAUUCCAUUUUCACAUGUCACUGAGACAUUGCUGGGUGGAAAUCAACAGCCAAAAAAUGGAAAAUUACAUUGGACAACAGAAAAACACUCACAGAAGGAAACUGAACAUACAAGUAGAGAAAGUUCUCCAUAUUUAAUUACUCUUAUGCCGAUGCAAAUAAGAACUUUUAUUCUAAAACUGAAAACUGAGCUGUGAUGGCUUCAGUUACACAACUUGGGGAUGCAGUGAAUGGACAUCCCUGUUGUGGAUUGGCCGUAGGGAUCCAACAGACGUCCAGCAUGUCCAAGUCCUCCAACCAGUCCUUACCGAUGGCCAGUCCAAUUACUGCUUGCACUGAGCUUGACUCCUCACCUGUGAUCGAGUGGCAGCUUGCCUUGGGGUGUGACAGGCGGUGAAAGACUUCCAAGGGGGCUGCACGUGAGGCAUCCCCAGUUAAUCUAACAGAUUCCAAGUGCUGUCUGUGGCUGCAUAUGUAUCAUUUGUAGUUUUGUAAAUAAAGUGUUGUAAAAAUUCUUUUAUACCAUGUAUUAUGUAAGUGAAUACUGAUGCACUCAGACAAUGUAUAAGUUUCCAGGGUAUGUAUGAAUGUGAAGAUGGGCAGUGGUGAGUUAUCCACUGUUAUAGAAAAACAGGGACUCCUUAAGAUUACUCUGGAGUGAGGCAGGUGGAUGUUCUGGAAUGCUACUGCACGAACAGAGAGAUCAUGCAUGCCGCUGUGGGACACACAACAAUGCUAUGCUUGGAACGCUACACUGUCCUUUGUGGAUAAGUGUGUGGAAUGUGGAGUUUAUCUUUUCAGCACAAUCAGUGUAAAACUUUGUUUUAGACAUUAUCAGAACACCUGCUUGAAACACACAAACUCUCAUAAUGAGAAAUGGAAUAUGUUAAUGAUUAUGAUGUUUAUGAAAAACUGAUUUCUUAUUUCACUUCUUAUCCUUUUACUCAUUUUUUUCUAUGCCUUUAACUAUGUUGUUUGCAUUUUCUUGUAAAGUACUGACAUGAGAUUUUCAUUUCAAAUGUAAUGAUUUCUUGAAAGAUAUAAUUUUGGUGCUUAAAAUGUUUUAUGGUGCACUAUGAUGUUUUGAGUUAUAAUAACAUCAUCACAUGCCCCAAACUAAUUAUGAUAAUUAAUGAAAAGCUUAAUAACUGAUUAUCAAAAUUUAUGUAGACAUAACUGAAUGCAUUUAUGCAUCUGGAUUUCCAAUUGUAUUUCUUCAGACAUUCCCUGAUUCUGUUUCCCUUCAGGAAAAAACCUCAUGGAAUGUGGGGCACAUGUAGCACUGAAAAUGCAGGUAAAAUACUUUCUGCACUAUCCAAAAAUUUUCACUGUUUAAUAUCCAUUGAUAACUUGUACUGUAUUGCUAAUUCUGAACCUGCAAGCUUCAUUACAGAGACAAUAUUUAAUAUGCAAUGGACAUAAUAUUGUAUUUAUUUCUGACUUUACAUAAUUCAUUGUAAUUAUAAUGCAAAUAUUGUAAGUUGCUGGG